ACGCAGUAUAGCACACAUGCCAUCCAUCGUAUCGCGCAACCGUUCGUCUGAGAUGCAAAUGCCCGUGCAAUGCGGCGGGUGGCAAUUACGGACACCGGCGGCGCGCACCCCAGCGUUCGGCUUGGCCCACGACGCAUGUCCUCCACAUUCCGCGUCGUGAUGACACUUGACCGCGAUCUGACGGUCACCGAUCAAAUGAAGCGGGAAAAGGCAAUAUCGGACGGUCGAUCUGGGUUGCGUGUUCUUUGUCUGCCACCAAGACCUUUCUUUCUUACGUCCUCGACAACGUCUUCGACACAUCAUCCACCAUGGACUUCACACAGAGCCCAACAAACAGCGUCAGCGGCACAUCGCACGGCGAGACAAGACCACUGAAUAUCACUAUCGUCGGCGCUGGUAUUGGCGGUCUCUCUGCUGCCAUCUUCCUGCGCCAGCAAGGACACACUGUCACUUUACUCGAGCAGUCGCGGUUCGCCAACGAGCUUGGUGCAGCCGUGCAUCUCGCACCCAAUGCCAAUGGACUUUUGCGUCGCAUUGGGCUCUUCCCGGAGAAGCUCGGUGCAGUCGAGUGUAAGAAAUUGACCCAGAUGAUGCCCAACGGCAAGGAACUCUUCAGCGUACCGCUCUGGCGUGAAGCUCACCGCUGGCAACACCCCUGGCAGCUUGCUCACCGUGUGGGCUUGCAUUCGGAGCUCAAAAGGCUGGCGACUACCGAAGACGGCCCUGGAAAGCCUGCAAUCCUGAAGACUCGCUCGAGAGUCGUAAACGUCAACACCGCGGAUGGUACUGUCACGCUAGAAAAUGGCGAGGUGGUGCAGGGCGAUGUCGUCGUCGGCGCUGAUGGUGUGCACUCGAAGACGCGGCCCAAAAUCCCUGGUGCUGAGAACAUUAAGACUUUUGGAAGCGGAAAGAGCGCUUUCCGUUUCCUCAUCCCAAGGGCGAGAGCGCUGAACGACCCAGAGACGAAGAAGUUCGCCGAGCACGAGGGUCACCUUAUUAUGAUCUUCGGUCGCGAUCGCCGUGUGGUUGUGUAUCCGACGUCAGACAACACGCUCUUGAACUUUGUCAACAUCCACCCCACAGCCGAGUCUCAGGUCGACCAGGACGAGCCGGGAAGCAGCGACUGGCAGAGUCAGGGAAAUAUCGACAAGAUGCUGGAGGUCUUCAAGGACUUCGAGCCGGCUGUGCUCAAGUUGCUCAGCAUGGCGGACGAAGAGACGCUGAAGGUGUGGGAGUUGCUUGACAUGGAGCAGAUGCCUACCUGGACGCACGAGAAGUUGGUGCUCAUCGGCGAUGCUGCGCAUCCCUUCACGCCUCACCAAGGACAGGGUGCUGCUCAGGCCAUCGAAGAUGCAGCAUCGCUCGCAGUCAUGUUGCAGAAGGGUACGCCACUCAGCGCUAUCCCCGAGCGUCUGAGGCUAUACCAGAAGUGCCGCUUUGAGCGUGCUUCACACAUUCAAGAAAUCUCGCGCAUCGCUGGCAUGGACCUGGGCUCCGGUCCACCGCUGGAUUCGUCCCGCUUCACCGCCUACAACUUUGGCCAUGACGAGUGGGACUACUCGAGCCAGGUGCUGCGGAAGCAUGAGUGGGAGAACAAUAACGGACUGUUCUGGAGGAUGCCGACUUCCUUCGGCCCCAUGCCUGGUCCACGACAGGACUUCAAUGGUCGCCCACGCGAUGGAAGCAAAGCUACCUUCAGGACAGCAAGCGUCAAGUUCAAGUCGAGCAGAACAGUGUUGCAAAAUCUGUUCCCUACCGAGAAGCUCAAGUUUGCAUCACAAGACACAGUCGUCUAUGCCAGCUUCUCGGCAACACAGCUCGACAACCUCGAGUGGCUAGGCGGACGAGGCUAUUCGCACUUCGGCCUCUACAUCCACGGCGUGCAGUAUACCAAAGACAACGGCGAAACAACAACAGGCACCUAUCUCCCCAUCCUCUUCGAGAACCUCGCAGACCCCAUUCUCAGCGGGCGGGAAGAGCUCGGCUUCCCAAAGCUGUUCGCCGACCUCACCAUAGAGCACGACGAAGCCAACAAUUGGUCGCUGAGCGCCAGCUGGAUGGGUUCUAGGUUCGCCAGCCUGACUCUUUCCGACCCCUCUGAGCCUCUCGACAACGGCGCCGCCGGUGCCACGCCCGCGCCCGCGCAAGCCCCAGCGCCAGCCGAAGAAGGUCUGUUCUUCCACAAGCAUAUCCCCGCCACAGGCAGCAUUGGCAGCAAAGAGCGCGGCCAGGCGGACGUAUCGUACACUGCGUUCCUGCCCAACGAUCUAGACGCAAAGACCGUCGAGAGGAAGGUGGCGAAGACGCUCAACGCAAAGGACGCGCACAUCUUGUUCGAUGCGUUGGACUGGAAGGCGCUGCCUACGCUGCACCAUGUUAUUGCGCGAUUACAGGAGGUACCGGUGUACGAGGUUGUUGAGGCGAGGAUUGUAGAGGGGACGGGAGUGAGCGAUGUCAGUGCGGUACAGAGAGUGGAAUAGUGCAUGUGUAGUGCGGCGAAUUGAAUUGACUCCUUGUGUCGACCAUAUUGUUUUGAUGUCUUGUUGACCUCUACAUCGAAUGCGGUCCGCACGAUGCAAGGAAUCUUGCCGAAACGCUCGACAGGCCACACGCGUCCCAAAUCUCAGUCACUGUGAAGUGGAGCGGCGGAAGACUCUAUGCAUCAACGAUUG